ACAUAUCUGCCAUAUCUAAACCUGUCAAAAAAAAAAUCUUAAUCUCUGCUGCAAAAUAUUCCUAAGGAGGCGCAGGGGUUGGAGCUGCCCCGGAUUGCCGAGCUGGCAGGCAGCAGGAGCCUCCGCUGCUGACUCGCAUAUCGAAGCGAUGCCUGCACGUUUCCGUGGGAGCCCCGCCACGAGCGGGGUCGGGCUGCGAUUUCACCCACGCUGCUGUCACCAUCUUCUCCUGUGACCCCCUGCGCCCACCACCCUGCGCUGCCCACCCCAGCCGGGGAGAUGGAGCUGCCCCGGGAGUGAUGCUGCUGGCAGGAGCCCAUGUGAUGCUGGGCUAGCGCUGCUCGCUCGCUCCCUCAUCCCUCUCCCCGCUCGCGCACAGGCUGUCAUGGCGACUCCCAAUAAUGUUACUCCCACCAACUGCAGCUGGUGGCCCAUCUCAGCACUGGAGAACGACGCAGGGAAAUCCACGGAGGGGGAGGAAAAUCAGGACCCGACAGACCCCGCUCUCAAAUCCCAGGACAGACUGGUUUUGUACCACUGGACUCAGUCCUUCAGCUCACAAAAGGUGCGGCUGGUCAUCGCGGAGAAGGGGCUGCCCUGCGAGGAGCGGGACGUCAGCAUGCCGCUGAUGGAGCACAAGGAGCCCUGGUUCAUGCGCCUCAACCUGGGGGAGGAGGUGCCCGUCAUCAUCCACAGGGACAACAUCAUCAGCGAUUACAACCAGAUCAUUGACUACAUGGAGAAGAACUUCACAGGAGAAAACGUCACGCAGCUGAUCCCCGAGCCGGGCAGCCUGCUGCACUCACGGGUGCUGCAGUACCGGGAGCUGCUGGACUCGCUCCCCAUGGACGCCUACACGCACGGCUGCAUCCUGCACCCUGAGCUCACCACCGACUCCAUGAUCCCAAAGUACGCGACCGCUGAGAUCCGCAGACAUUUAGCUAAUGCCAGCACGGAGCUGAUGAAGCUGGACCACGAAGAGGAGCCACAGCUAUCAGAGCCCUACCUCUCCAAGCAGAAGAAGCUCAUGGCCAAGAUCCUGGAGCACGACAACGUGAACUACUUGAAGAAGAUCCUUGGUGAACUGGGGAUGGUGCUAGACCAGAUCGAGGCCGAGCUGGAGAAGAGGAAACUGGAGUACCAAGGGCAGAAGUGUGAACUUUGGCUCUGCGGAUGCGUCUUUACCUUGGCUGAUGUCUUGUUAGGAGCUACCCUGCACCGCCUCAAGUUUCUGGGACUCUCUAAGAAAUACUGGGAAGAUGGCAGCAGACCUAACCUACAGUCCUUCUUCGACAGGAUACAAAAACGCUUCGCCUUCAGGAAAGUUUUGGGAGAUAUACACACCACGCUCCUCUCCGCGGUGGUACCCAACGCCUUCAGGCUGGUCAAGCGGAAACCUCCCUCCUUCUUCGGAGCCUCCUUCCUGAUGGGAUCUCUGGGGGGAAUGGGAUAUUUUGCUUAUUGGUAUUUAAAGAAAAAAUACAUCUAGUGCUGGCUGCUUGGUGUUUAGUUUGGUGUCUCUGUGCUGUGUGAAGCUAUGAUGAAGCCUCAGUAACUGUAACGAAAUUUGAAGCAAGGUAAUGAAUAAUUAUAUUGUUUAAUGUAACAUUCCAUAGUCUAGAAGUAGAAACGUAUACUGCAAGGAAAUAAGACAACAACAACAACAACAAAAUGUGUCAACUUGUAAAUGCCUUUUUUAGGUUUAAGUAUUCAACUCCAGCGAGAGGCUCAGGGGUUCAUGGGCUCCGCCGAACCCACUGGGAAGCGCCGCCACCUCCGGCACCAGCCGGCUCCAGUGGGAGAGACGGGAACCCCGGGAAGUUUCCCGAUGCCCAGGUUAACUAAUGGGACUCGGGUACUCGGUUCUGUACGUUUGUGUUCACUGGCCACAUUUCACACAUGCAGGUAGUGGGGACUUUCUUCUUCUAGAAGGCAUUGUGUUGUGCUCGGAGGCUUUCCUGGGAGCAGGGUGCAGUAGCUGGUCACAGUCAAGGUGGAUUUGCAUUCUUCAAGUAUCCAUUUUUUAAAUUAUUUUCAUUAAAAGGAAUAUUUUUUAUUGAGCUGCUCUUAGAACGUAUCCACUUUCUACGUCUGGUUUUGGUGGGCUUUUUUUUAAAGAAUGUAAUGUCUCUCUUUAACUGCUGCACUUUUUUCCUGAGAGAAAUAAUUUUGACUUCCAUCCUGAAUUUUGGCACAUGGAGGAGAUUAUUGUUUUAAGCCUUUUGGCUCUGUCUCUUGGGUUUUCUUUCACGGAUUUGCAAAGCAUCUUUCACCGACUGAGCCUAUCUGGACUCUGAAAAAGUACGACCAUUUUCAGAACUUUUCAGCACUUUCCUGAAGGCACUUUGGCUUUCUCUUCCAUUGGGGGCUCUUUUCUGUCAUUUCCUCGCUGUGUGUUUUCCUAGAGACAUUUUGCACAGAAUCACAUUGAUGACUUUCUUGUGCCUUUUGCAUGUUGGAAAGAAUAACGGGCCUCACUGCUACUCAUGCUUUGAAAACUGAGAUCCUCAAUAAACCGUAUGGGAGGAGUAACGGCUUCACAUUUCUAAAUGCGUUCAGCAUCCUUCUGGUUUUAUUUCAAAGCAUGCCCAUGGGCAGAGGGAUGUGCAGGUGGCUUGUGCUUUUUCUCCUGUACUGCAUUGGUAUAAAACUUGCAUGGCAACAAUACAUGUUCCUCUUCCAAAGCACUCAUUUCUGUGAGCGCUGAGCCUGCUAGGACCUCCUCUGGCUGGUUAUCCAAGCACUCCGGAGAUCCCUAGCGCGUCAUCCUGCAUCUCGAGGCUCGGGAAGGUAUGCCAAGCGUGGCUGAAGCAAUACAAAUUGCAUUUGCCUCUGACUCAAAAAUUAUCUUUAUGUAUUUGAAAGCAGCAGGAUUUCCCAGGAGCUUUGGUUCUUGAUACAACCUGGCAGCCAUGGAAUUGCGAGUAUUUAGCAGGAAUUAGAAGGGAUGAGCACACAGAGAUUGGACAAUGCACAAAUUUAUGCUGUGCUUGUCAUGUCUGUGUAGGCUGGUCUGGCAUACUUCUGGAAUACAAUGACUUGUGUAGCUACAAAGGUGCUGUGUUAUCUGUGCUACCCCCCAGCGACCAGGGCAACACUUAAAACUGGUGAGCGAGACCCCAAAUCCACCACUGGCACAUGCAGACCAGGCACCCGCAGCCGAGGCUGCCGAGUGAAACAUUGCAGACACACGCUCCCCCAGAUACAGUGACAUAUUUGCUUCACGGUGUCAAUGACUUGGGAAAAAACAGUUAUUUUGCUUCUUUUUGAAGUGGGAGGCAAGAGGGUCCCCUGAGGUCAUCCCUGCUGCUGAAUCUGAAAGACGUAAGAACACACAUGAUGGCCCAUAGUUCAUCUGGUCCAUUAGCUGAUACUAAACCCUCCCAAAAGAAUUUAUAAAGAUACAUCGGCAUGAAACCUUACCAGGAUUUCAUCCUCUUACCUUUGCCCGUUGUCCUACGCGCACAUUCCCUGGUGAUCUCCAAAAGCUGAUGAAAUGCACACACCAGGGGUAGGAAGGAAUAUUAAUGGGGGUACAAGGCCAGGGAGCCCAGAGAGAACGAGGGCAAAUACUCGCUCACUUCCCAGGAUUUCAGCCCAACAUGAGGCAGAAAGAAGCUGCUUUGCAGAUGUCUGUCACUGCUGCUAACUUUGCUCCUCUUUUUUUUUU